CCAGGAUUUAAAUUAAUUUGCUCUUUGGUCGUGAGCAUGAGUGCUUGCUUGGUGCUUGGUGCUGCCGCGAACGAACGAAAUUAUAUCCAAAAGCACAACACUAACAAAAAAAAACUAGAACGGGCUUUUGUACACCUACCUACCAAAUCAUUAAUUUUUCAUAAAAAACUUGGGUUUACAUUACAAAUGUAAAGAAUAUUUUUGCGAAAUUUUCAAUAGUGGCCAGUGAACAUGGUUUCACUCAAAUGCUCUUUAGAAACAUAAUUAGGUUAUGCUUCUACUAUAGGAAAUUUGAUUGAGACUCACACCACCCUAGAAAUAUGAGCAACUGGGCACGAAGAAUGCACCGGCGAGCAGCUACAUUGAGUAAUGUGGUAACCUCUUGCGGGCACCCAAAUUCUUUGCCAUAUCCACGAAGACUAGAAAAAGUGAAAUUUGGUGUGCCAUUACACGAAGUCUGCAAGGAUGAUAUACCAGGACCUCUGCUUGUCCUGAUUUUGAAGUUGAACAAAGAAGCGCCGUUACGUCGUGAUGUGUUCAGGGCGCCUGGACACCAGGGUGCGAUGAAGAAACUUAUACAUUUUCUCCAAACGGGAAGACUGGUGAAUGUGGAUAAUUAUUCUGUGUACACAAUUGCUAGUGUGCUCAAGAAGUUUCUCAGGAAAAUACCUGGUGGAGUGUUUGGACGUGAUGGUGAAAUGCAUCUAUUUGCUGCAGUCGAAUUACCUGAAGAGCAGCAAGUGGAUGAAAUACGCAGGUUGCUUCUGUCUUUGCCGGUGUGCACGCAGCGGUUGUUGGUGCUUCUCUUCGGCACAUUCAGGGUGAUGGCUUCCAAUGCUGAUAAAGCUGGUACAGGUAUGACUUCUGAAGCCCUGGGCGUGUCUGUGGCACCAUCCUUCUUCCACUCUUGCGUGUCGGACGGCAAAACGGCCACCAUGGAGGACGUGCAGAGAUUCAAGGUGGCUACGAGAAUAAUGCGACAGCUGAUCGAGCAGUUCAGCGCCGGCGAUCUAUUCGGCCGCGACAACUACGAAUACUAUGCGCGCGUCACCGGCCGCAUCCUGCGGGUCAAAGACGAGUGGAUAUGUUCCUUCCGGGACCCACCGCCGCCGCGUCACCAUAGAGAUCAGGAGGCGUAUGCGAGACAAUUAUCUUUAGAAGCUGAAAAGACAUGGCUCCAAUGCGAAUGUGAUCGAUGGGGAAAUAAAUUCAAUUUAGAAGGUCUGACCAAAUCCGAGGAAUGCCAGUCGAUGCCCGCCCUAAUGGGCGUGGUUGGAAGCGGCGGGGCGGGCGGAGUGCUGGGCUUGGGAAUUAUACCGGAGCACAGUCUCCUAGACUCCUGCACCAGGCUGUCUAUAUCCUUGGAGGAGAGCGUUUUCAAGGUGUCUGUCAGUUCCUCAUCGCAGUCCUCCCGGAGCAAUUCCAGUCCGCACAUGACUCUGGAAGAACUUCGCGCAAUCAACAAAUACGCGGAGAGCACGAAAAGCCUAUCCUACUUACCUCAGGUGCACGAGCGGCAGCGGGCGCGGAUGCGUACGCGCUCGGAGUGGUUCCUGCAGCCGGCGGGGUCGCUGGAGGCGGCGCGGCCCAGAGCCGGUGGCGGCGAGCGGCGCAGCUCGCGGCGUCGGUCCCGGCGCGCGCGCGUGUGCUCCGGUGGCGCCGCGUGCCGGCCGCUCGCCCACUCCGAGCCCGAGGUGCCGCUCGCUCUCCAGCCUCGUGCGGUGACCGCCUGACCGCCGCACUCGGCGCCUGCGCUCUGUACUACUACCCCCGCGGUGACCGCCUGAUCGCCGCACUCGGCGCCUGCGCUCUGUACUACCCCCUCUACCACCUAGGUAACUCCACAGUCGGUUGUCGCGCACAGCGAUGGCGUCUUCACCUUCAAGCUAUUCACCAAGCUAUCUUCAGAACGCGGCCAAUUUAACACAGAAUUUAGGUACUCUAAUGUAUCUGCAAAACGUGUGACUACAAAUUUAGUAUCUUAAAUCAGACUUUUUAGGAAUUCGCUCAGUUUAAUAUCCACUACUUAGAAUGAUCACACUAUCUGAGGUGUUCGUACCAUACGUACGUAAACGUACUUACAAUGAUCGUUUUGUAUCUUGAGUGUUCUUAUUACGCGGUUGCUAGGAUGAGUUAGGAGUGACGUUUACGCUCGCCCACUGUACUACUACCCCC